AUGGGUGAUUUCGGAAACCCACUAGAGCUCGACAUGGAUAAGCGUGAUAUCGACCAAAUAUGGGAGAGAAACUUUGGGAUCAUACCAGCAGUUGAGUAUUGCGUUCACGACUUGUACAUAGAGCAAGCAAAAGUUCGACCUAACGCGCCUGCCAUCUGCGCAUGGGACGGCGAAAUGACUUACAAGCAAUUGGAUGAGCACUCAACGCAACUAGCGGGCUACCUAGCUGGUCAAGGUGUUAUAGCUGAGGAAAUGGUACCAUUGUGCUUUGAGAAGUCACAGUGGACAGUGGUAGCCAUGCUUGCUGUUCUAAAAGCUGGCGGUGCGUUUGUUCCGCUAGAUCCGUCUCACCCAAGGUCUCGCCACGAAGAGAUAUUCAAACAAACCAAAGCUAAGGUGGUACUCACUUCUGUACAAUAUGCGAAUCUUUGGCCAAAUUCAACGCAACGGAUUCUUGCAGUCAGCAACGCCUUCAUCAACCAGUUAUCAGCCGAGACUAAAGUUUGUUCCAAAGUCGAGCCAUGGAAUGCUGUAUAUGUGAUGUUCACAUCUGGCAGUACUGGAGUUCCAAAGGGCGUCGUCUUGGAGCACGGAGCAAUCACGACAAGCUGUCUAGCUCACGGAAAAUCAAUGAGACUUGGACCUAACUCUCGAGCCCUCCAGUUUGCGGCUUAUACUUUCGAUAUCUGCAUCGCUGAGAUAUUCACUACAUUGAUAUUUGGCGGAUGUAUCUGCAUUCCCUCAGAAGACGACCGACGUAACGCCUUGUCAGAAUUCAUCAACAACAGAAAUGUCAACUGGGCACAACUCACGCCAACAGUCGCGCGUCUACUUGAUCCCCUAACAGUUCCGACCCUAAAAGUACUCGUCCUUGGAGGAGAACGAGUGGACGACGCCGACUGGAAAAGAUGGGAUGGCAAUGUCGCACAGAUAAACGUAUAUGGCCCAACAGAGUGUAGCAUUUGGUGCACUUCACAUGAAAACACUGGUCCGGAUUUCCAGUCAGGGAUGAUCGGCAGAUCAAUGGCUUCAGUCAGCUGGGUGACUAACCCAGACAACCACAACCAGCUGGUGCUCUUCGGCGAGGUUGGAGAACUUCUAGUAGAGGGACCAAUUCUAGCACGUGGCUAUCUCAACGACACAAUGAAGACUGAGGCUGCCUUCGUCAGCAACCCCUCCUGGCUGAUGCAGGGUAGCGACGACCGUACUGGACGCCAGGGAAGAUUAUACAAAACGGGAGAUCUAGUCUACUAUAAUGCAGAUGGCAACUUAGUCUAUGUAGGUCGAAAAGAUAGCCAAGUCAAGGUGCGCGGCCAACGAGUUGAGUUGGGUGAGAUUGAGCACCACCUCCACCAAUGCAUGCCAGGCGUCAAACAGUUGGCGGCUGAGGUCAUUUUACCAACGGGAGACCAGGGCAAAGCAAUGGUAGCAGCAUUUCUGCAGCUGAGCGAAGAGACACAUCAUACACCCAUCAGCCAGAUUUCUGACAGCAACUCCGAGGUGCAAGUCAUCUUUCCUACCCAAGUGGACGAGCAAUUGGCUCAGAGACUACCAAGAGAUAUGGUACCCGAAGUAUACUUUGCAGUGACGGAAUUUCCAUUGACAACGUCCGCCAAAGUAGACAGGCAGCGGUUGCGUAAGAUUGGGGCAUCAUUUUCCGCACAACAGUUGGCCCAGUUACGGACGCGAGGUGAUGGUCUAAAGCGACAACCAGACACAGAAAAAGGAAAGAUACUGCAGCAACUAUGGUCGCAGGUACUUAGCAUUGAUCCAAGGUUCAUCGGUAUGGAUGACAGUUUCUUCAGCCUGGGCGGCGACUCAAUCGCGGCUAUGAAGCUGGUGGGCGAAGCACGCAGGUCAGGGAUACAGAUCAGCGUUGCAAUCGUUUUCCGCAAUCCCAAGCUGGAUCAGUUGACCUCUGCAGCAGUUGUCUUGGCUGGAAGCUCUACUUCUCUCAUUCCGCACGUUGGCAGUGAUGGGCCUGUUGAGCAAUCAUUCGCACAGGGCCGAAUGUGGUUCUUGGAAGAACUACACCCUGGUCUGACAUGGUAUCUCAUGCCAGUUGUGGUGCGUAUUCGGGGCCCGCUGCAGCUCUCAGCGCUAGAAUCUGCACUAAAUGCGAUUGAAAACCGUCAUGAAACUCUCCGGACAACUUUCGAAACAGUUGGAGACGCAAGCAUGCAGGUGGUUCAGCCGUUCCAUCCUAGGGCAAUGAACGUCAUCGACAUAGACGAACAUAGCCUCACAGAUGCUGUGCACCGAGACCAGACAACUCCUUUUGACCUACGCACUGAGGCUGGGUGGAGGGUUUCGCUCUAUCGCAUUAGCAAAGAAGACCAUAUACUAUCUAUUGUUAUGCAUCAUAUUGUCUCUGAUGGCUGGUCCACUGAUGUACUUACGCGAGAGUUGGGCAUAUUCUAUUCAGCCCUAAUACAAGGCCGGGAUCCGCUUUCUUGUGUGCAACCUCUGCCUAUCCAGUAUCGGGAUUUUUCAGUGUGGCAGAGACAACAAGCGCAGAUUGACAAUGACCAGAGUCAGCUCGAAUAUUGGUCUAAUCAGCUGAAUACCAGCAGGCCAGCUGAGCUGCUGUGCGACAAACCCCGACCUACUGCUCUAUCUGGACAGGCCGGAAAAGAAAAGAUUAAUAUCGAUGGCCCACUAUACAAUAAGCUGCAGCAAUUCUGCAAAGCUCACGGGGUAACACAGUUCAUGGUUCUAUUUGCAGCCUUUAGGGCUACACACUUCCGUCUAACUGGUCAGAACGAUGCAACUAUAGGCACCGUGAAUGCCAACCGAGAUCGAUGGGAGCUAAAAGACAUGAUUGGCUUCUUUGUCAACUUGCAAUGCCUUCGAACUACAAUUACGGACGAGUCAUUCGAAGAACUGGUUCAGCAAGUCCAUGAAGUAACGAUUGCUUCCCUUGCCAAUGGAGACGUUCCAUUCGAAAGCAUCGUCUCUAAGUUAAAGAAUACCAGAGACAUGUCUCGUCAUCCGAUUGUGCAGCUCAUUUUUGCCGUCCACUCGCAGCGCAAAUUGGGGCAUCUGACACUGGAGGGCAUGAGAACAGAGAGUCUUGACAAUGCACCAAAGUCAAGAUUCGAUAUUGAGUUCCACUUCUUCCAGCAAGAAGACAGCCUAAAGGGUGAUGUCGUCUAUUCAACCGACCUCUAUACGCCAGAGACAAUUGGCAACAUGCUAUCAGUUUUCCAAAUCGUUCUUGAGGGGUGCCUACAAGAUCCGAAAGCUGCAAUCGCCUCCUUACCGUUGUUGCGCGAAGCCAACUACUCCAAGCUCAAAGACUUAGGUCUUCUUCAUGUUGAGAGAACUGAUUACCCACGUGAUUCCAGCAUAGUCGAUCUCUUCCACCAGCAAGUAUCAAUCUGUCCGUCCAGGAUUGCUGUCAAAGACCCGCUGAGAGAGAUGACUUAUGCGCAGCUUGACAAGGAAUCUGAAGUUCUCUCUUGGUGGCUAGCUAAACAGUCGCUCGCUCCAGAGACAUUGGUAGGCGUAUUAGCAGGUCGAAGCUGCCAGACCAUUGUUGCAUUUUUGGGUAUCUUGAAGGCCGGCUUGGCGUACCUACCGUUUGAUGUCAAACUACCAGCGAAGCGGAUGGAAACCAUUCUCUCCUCACUACCAGGCCAGAAAAUUGUGCUUUUUGGGACUGACGUAGAGCCUCCCAAAUUGAAGAUCGGUGAUGUCCGGUUCGUACGGAUCGCAGAAACACUCGACGAGCAGAUCCGCAAACCAUCCGAUUCCGGAAAUAUCGUCAAGCCUUCAGCAACUAGCAUCGCCUAUGUCAUGUUUACAUCGGGAUCAACAGGUCAACCGAAGGGUGCCAUGAUUGAACAUCGUGGUAUUGUGCGUUUAGUAAGAGACAACAACUUUGUGCAGCACCUGCCGGCCUCACCAGUCAUGGCGCACAUGACGAAUCUUGCAUUCGAUGUCUCCACGUGGGAGAUAUAUGCCUCUCUCCUACAAGGUGGAACACUAGUCUGCAUCGACAGAAUGACAGUGUUGGAUCCAGAAGCUGUGUUGCGAACAUUCCGUCGAGAACAAGUCCAAACGGCAUUCAUGACACCGUCCCUUUUCAGAACCUACGUUCAGCAAUCACCUGCAAUGUUUGCUAAUCUCGAGAUGCUUUGUGUUGGUGGCGAAGCACUUCAAUCAAAUGAUAUUGUUUCCAUAAAGACACUUCGUACAGGCAAGAUCGUCAAUGGCUAUGGGCCGACUGAAAAUACAACUUUCAGCACAAUUUUCGUUCUAUCAAAAGACGACGAGUACGCAAAUGGCGUACCCAUUGGCCGUGCGCUUAGCAAUUCUGGCGCCUACGUCAUGGAUUUGAAGCAGCAACUUGUCCCCCUUGGUGUCGUUGGAGAACUUGUUGUCACGGGCGAUGGCCUGGCGCGUGGAUACACUGAUCCCAAGCGCAACAUUGACCGCUUUGUCACAGUCGAGAUUGACGGUGAGAAUAUGAAAGCUUACCGUACGGGUGAUUACGUGCGUUAUCGUCCUACAGACGGCCAGCUGGAGUAUUUCGGACGAAUGGAUGGACAGGUCAAAAUUCGAGGACAUCGCAUCGAGUUAGGCGAAAUUGAGCAUGUUCUCCGCAGCCAUAAGUCAGUAAGUGAGGCAGUGGCUGUAGUGCAGCAGCAGAAUGUAGACGAGGCUACUCGACUAGCUGCGUUCGUCACAGUCUUCGAGGGCGACGUAGUAGCUGACGAAGAGCCUAACGACAACGACGAGUCACAGCACGUAGACACAUGGGAGGAUCAGUUUGAUUCGAAGGUCUAUAUGCCCAUUUCCAACGUCCUCUCUGAAGCUGUUGGACGAGACUUCAUUGGAUGGACUUCCAUGUACGAUGGUAGCGCCAUAGAUAAGGUAGAGAUGAAUGAAUGGCUGGACGAGACAAUCGACACAAUACUCAACGGCGGUAAACCUGGCAAAGUCCUUGAGGUUGGUACAGGAACUGGUAUGAUUCUUUUCAACUUAAGAGACGGCCUGGAAAGCUACAUUGGACUAGAUCCAUCCCAAAAAGCUGUUGAUUUCGUCAAAGAAACAGCCAGGUCCAUACCUACGCUAGCAGACAAGGUCAGAGUCUACAAGGCCACGGCGGCAGAACUUGAUCGCUUACCACCUAUUGAUGCAAACCUUGUUGUUAUCAAUUCAGUCGUUCAGUAUUUCCCAAGCUUGGAUUACCUUUUCAAGACCGUGCAACAGCUGCUCGAAAUAGAGGGCGCCUCUACUCUCUUCUUUGGCGAUGUUCGGUCUUAUGCGCUACACCGGGAGUUUCUCGCAACACGGGCCUUGUUCAUGGCUGGCGACACUGCAGAAAAGGCUGAUAUCCGUCGCAUGAUUGCCGACAUGGAGCGAGUUGAAAGAGAGCUUCUGGUAGAUCCAGGUUUCUUCACUGCUCUGCCAGAGCGUCUACCAGGCCUUAUCGAGCAUGUCGAAAUCUUGCCAAAGAAGGUAAAGGCAACAAACGAGCUAAGCUGUUACCGUUACGCAGCCGUCGUUCAUGUUAAGUCGCGAAAUGGACAAAAGCAAGAGCAGGUAAUUCGAGAUGUGGGGCAUGACGAAUGGAUCGAUUUUGCUGAACACAAGCUGGACCGACCGUCUCUCUUGAAGCAACUUCAAAACCUUUCCAGCUCAUCCACUGUGGCCGUGAGCAACAUUCCUUAUAGUAAGACGAUUGUGAGCCGGUGCCUUAUUGACUCAUUGGACGGUGCCAUAGCAGAGACGUCUGAUGCAUCAAGCUGGCUCUCAUCAGUGUAUCGGCAAGCGGAAAACUGUCCCUCUUUGUCUGCUGCUGAGCUACAUGAGUUGGCAGCAGAGGCGAAUUGCCACGUUGAGAUUAGUUGGAACAGACAGCACUCUCAGCGCGGAGGUCUUGACGCGAUAUUCCAUCGCUAUCAACCACAAAAGGGAGAGAACAGAGUUAUGUUUCGAUUCCCCACUGACCAUGCAGAGCGGCCUCUACAUAACCUGGGCAGCACGCCAUUACGGCAACAGGUCUUGCAGAGGACCCAAAAACAACUCCAGGAGAUACUUGAAGCCCAGCUACCCGCUUACAUGAUUCCCCAGACGAUCACGUUCCUGGACGCGAUGCCAACCAAUCAGAACGGCAAGGUGGACCGUAGCGCUCUUACACAGAGAACGGAAAUCCAGACAGUAGAAGGCCAAGAAUUCCAACGAGAAUUGACUAGGGCAGAGCUCAAGGUUCAGCAACUGAUGGCUCGCGUACUUUGCAUCAAUGCGAACCGCAUUGGUCUCGAUGAUAGCUUUUUCCAGCUAGGCGGUGACUCAAUUGCAGCCAUGAGAUUGGUUGCUAUGGCUCGUGAGGAAGAUAUGCAAAUUACGGUCGCAAAAGUUUUCCAGUACCCUAAAGUUAUUCAACUAGCCGCUGUGGCUCAGGAGCAUGUACACAUUCCUAGGGACAACAUCGCCCCAUUUUCUCUACUCGACCCCGAGGUUGAUGCAACGCAGACACACCAAGAUGUAGCGAAUAGCUGCAAAGUCGACAGAGGUCUUGUUGAAGAUAUCUACCCAUGCUCGCCGCUUCAGGAAGGCUUGAUGUCGCUGACUGUGAAGCGGCCGGGUGAUUACAUCAUGCAGACAGUGCUGGAACUGCGGCCAGAUGUGGAAGAAGCAGCCUUCCAAAUUGCGUGGGAGAAAACAGUUCAGUCAUUGCAAAUAUUACGAACGCGCAUUGUAGUACAUAAGACCCUUGGUCUGUUGCAGGCUGUCGUGGCAGACAAAAUGAAGUGGGCAGAAGCAGACGAUCUGGCCACCUACCUAGCUCAAGACAAGCUGUUAUCUAUGCAGCUUGGUGAGCCACUUGCACGCUAUGCUCUGGUACGAGACUCUCAUAAAGAAAAGCGGUGGUUCGUAUGGACAAUUCACCAUGCUAUAUACGAUGGUUGGGCGCUGGCCCACAUUCUGAACGCUGUACAAACGGCGUAUAAUGGCGCAGAGCUAGAGAAGCAAUUUGGGUUCAACAACUUCAUCAAGUAUCUUGAGCAGCUAGAUCAAGAUGGUCUCGCAUCAUACUGGAGGGCUACGCUUAGCGACUGCGAGGCCAAUGUUUUCCCACCACUACAAUCUAGGGUGCAACAGCCAGUGGCAGAUGCGACAGCUGAAUAUCAAUGCCCUCCACUUCCCAAAAGAACCUCAAACACUACCAUUUCAACACUUAUUCGCACAGCCUGGGCGAUUGUUGCUAGCGCCUAUACGAAUUCAGAAGACGUUGUGUUUGGAGCGACAGUCACAGGCCGGAAUGCACCAGUGGCGGGCAUCGAGUCCUUGGUCGGACCUGUGAUUGCAACAGUGCCGGUGCGAAUACGUCUACAAAGGGACCUGACUGUUCUAGAGCUUCUCGAAACGGUACAGAAACAAGCAACCGAAAUGAUUCCAUUCGAGCAAACCGGAUUGCAGCGGAUCACUAAGCUAGUACCAGAAGCCCAACAUGCCUGUAGCUUUCAGACACUUCUGAUUGUGCAGCCUGCAGAAGACGCAUUCCAAACAGACAACAUGUUUGGAAAGUGGGAAUUUGGCUCAGGGCUACAAGACUUCACGACGUAUGCGCUAAUGGUACAAUGCAAGCUAGCUAAAGAGGGGGUUAGAAUCACGGCCAGUUUCGAUGCGCGGUUGGUUGAACAGUGGCAGGUUGAGAAGAUGCUGGCUCAACUAAGCUUCGUCAUGCAGCAGUUGGCCCGAGGAGACCUAAACACAAGAGUCAAGGACAUUGAAAUAAUCACACCAAGUGACGAACAACAGCUGUGGAAUUGGAAUCACAAGUUACCGCCAGCUAUCGAGCGUUGUGUCCAUGAUCUAUACUUGGAACAAGUAAAGUCUCAGCCCAAAGCAGAUGCGGUAUGCGCAUGGGAUGGUAGAAUGACAUAUGAAGAGCUGGACGAAACAUCAUCGCGCCUUGCACACCAUUUGAUCAGCCUUGGGGUUGAAUCAGAGAGCAUAGUCCCUCUUUGCUUUGAUAAAUCGAUUUGGGUUGUUGUAGCUAUGCUGGCUGUGCUCAAAACAGGCGGCGCCUUUGCACCCCUGGAUCCCAAUCAUCCAACAUCUCGUCAUCGAGAGAUCUUCGACCAAACCAAAGCCAAGAUGAUUCUCUCCUCGACACAGUACGCCAAUCUCUGGCCAGAAAGUUCUCAAAUCGUCGUGCCAAUCAGCAGAGACUUCAUUGAUCAGUUGCCGGCCAAGCCUUACGACGCUCAGAUAGCGGUCCAGCCAGGGAACACAGCGUAUAUUAUCUUUACAUCAGGAAGUACUGGAGUGCCUAAGGGUGUUCAACUAGAGCAUAAGGCUGUUUCCACAAGUUGCCUAUACCAAGGACCUGCUUUAGGAAUCACAAAGAAUACUCGAGCUCUUCAAUUCGCCGCCUAUACAUUUGACGCCUGUAUUCUAGAGAUCAUUACAAGUCUAUUACAUGGUGCUUGUGUAUGUAUUCCUUCCGAGAGCCAGCGGCGCGACAAUCUCAUCGACACAAUCAAUGCCAUGGAAAAGAUUGUGUCGCUGAAGACGUUGGUUCUUGGUGGUGAAAAGGUCAACGCUUCGGACUGCGAAAUCUGGAGUGACCGCGUACAACUAAUCAACGCUUAUGGACCUACAGAAUGCUGCGUCUCUUGUGUCGCAAAUCCCGAUAUGAAAGGGCUUGAUCCGGAACCUAUCGGAAAUUCAGUUGCAUCAGUCAGCUGGGUAGUUAAUCCAGACGAUCACAAUAGGCUAGCUCCGCUAGGCGCAGUGGGUGAACUGUUGGUCGAAGGACCAAACUUAGCACGCGGCUAUCUGAACGAUGCUAAGAAAACAGAAACCGCCUUUAUCAAUGAACCUCCCUGGCUACUUCGAGGCAGUGAAGGCUAUAGUGGGCGACGAGGCAGACUGUACAAGACAGGUGACCUAGUGCAUUACACUGCAGAUGGUAGUUUGGUCUACGUUGGCCGCAAAGACAACCAGGUCAAAGUGCGUGGCCAACGCAUUGAGCUUGCUGAGAUUGAGCAUCAUCUCUAUCAAUGCCUGCCAGAUAUCAAAGAAAUCGCAGUUGAAGUGAUUUUACCAACAGGAGGGAAGCCGAUAGUAGCAGCGUUCCUAGAAGCAAAUUCCGAGCUACUCAACAGCAAGAAGUCGGAUAGUGGCUCCGGAGUUCAUGUUGUGUUUCCAGCCCAAGCAGAGGACGAAUUAUCUCAACGGUUACCCCGGGAUAUGGUGCCUGGAAUUUACUUUGCGCUCGUAGAGUUUCCAAUCAUGACGUCUGGUAAGAUCGAUCGAAAGCGACUACGCGAAAUUGGACGCUCGUUUUCAGCACAACAACUAGCCCAGUUGCAAACACAGAGAGGCGAGGGCCUAAAACGACAGCCAGAGACAGAGCAAGAGAAGGUGUUGCAGCAACUAUGGGCGCAGGUGCUAGGUAUCAACGCUGCUUCUAUUGGACUUGAUGAUAGCUUCUUCCGACUAGGUGGCGACUCGAUCGCAGCCAUGAAACUUGUGAGCGAGGCGCGCAAUGUUGACCUGAAGCUUUCUGUUCAGGACGUUUUCCACGCGCAACGACUCGGCCAACUGGCCAAACAAUCACUUCACUCUUCCACUGAGAGUGUAAUCACAAAAGGCAAUCAUCGGGGGCCUGUCACCCAAUCGUUUGCGCAGGGCCGACUUUGGUUCUUAGAACAACUGCAUCCUGGACUAGACUGGUACCUCAUGCACCUUGCCGUACGUAUCAGAGGCCCAUUUCAACUCCAAGCGCUUCAAGCUGCGCUACAGACAGUAGAGCGCCGCCACGAAACGCUAAGAACAACAUUUUCCACCAACAAUGGCGAAAAUCUGCAGGAGGUCCAUCCUUUCCAUGAUGGAAAAGACCUAAAUGUCAUCGACAUCAACUCAAACGACGAAGCUUUGCUAGAAGUCCUGGAAUUGGAACAAAAGACACCGUUUAAUCUGCGAAGCGAGCCUGGGUGGAGAGUAUCUGUCUAUAGGAUUGAUGGGGAGAACCAUGUUCUGUCUAUCGUCAUGCAUCACAUCGUUUCAGAUGGCUGGUCAGUUGAUGUUUUGAAGAAAGAACUGAGCAAACUGUACGCUGCUGCACUUCGCGGCGAAGACCUAGACUCCUGCUUACCACCUUUACCCAUUCAAUACCGCGACUUCUCUGUCUGGCAGAAGCUUCCAGGUCAAGUUCAAGAGCAUCAACGACAGCUUGACUAUUGGAUCAACCAAUUGGACUCAAGCCGACCAGCGGAAUUUCUCUAUGAUAAGCCUCGGCCAGCUACUCUUUCUGGCAAAGCAGGCACACAGAAACUCACUAUUAGCCACAGACUCUAUGAAAGGUUACAAGAUUUUGCUAGAGAACGUGGGGUGACUCUGUUUGUGGUCCUCCUCACUGUUUUUAGAGCUGCGCACUACCGCCUGACUAAUCAGGAUGACGCGACCAUUGGAGUCCCCAACGCGAACCGAAAUCGCUGGGAGGUUGGGGACUUGAUUGGGUUUUUUGUUAACAUUCAAUGCCUCCGAAUUAAGAUUCAGGAUGAAACCUUUGAAGAGUUAGUGCAACAGGUCUACACGGCAGUAGUAGACUCACUCGCUAACCAAGACGUACCUUUUGAGAAUAUCGUUGCUGCAUUACAAGGAGACCGAGAUAUUUCCCGCAAUCCUCUUACUCAGGUCGCAUUCGCUGUUCACUCACAGCAAGAUAUAGGGAAGCUUUCGUUCGAUGGUGUCGAAACAGAAGUUAUAGAGGGCUUAGCUACCUCGCGUUUUGACCUCGAAUUCCAUUUCUUCCAGGAACAGGACAGUCUUCAAGGCUAUAUAUACUUCUCAGAGGAGCUGUUUGCUCCUGAGAGUAUACGUUCGCUAGCAUCCGUCUUUACAAGCAUUCUUGACAACUGUCUGGCCAAGCCAGAAACGCAGAUUGCGAUAGCCCCACUCAUGACCGACCAAGCUCAUAUUCAGCUCGAUCAUAUGGGGCUCCUCAGCAUGAAUGAGACGGCCUAUUCCCGAGAUUCAAGCAUUGUCGAUGUCUUCCGCCAGCAAGUCGCUAUGCAACCGUCUAGAAUUGCUGUUAUAGAUGCAUUUACAGAACUGACAUACACUGAGCUAGACGCACAGUCAGAAAAGCUUGCAAAAUAUCUAGCGACAAAAUCACUUGCUCUUGAAACAGCAGUUGGUGUUCUGGCACACCGAGGCUGUGAAGCAAUUGUUGCCUUUUUCGGUAUUCUUAAAGCUGGAUUAGCUUACCUGCCAUUCGAUUCAAAAGCACCAGAAAAGCGCAUGGAAUCAAUCCUAUCAACCAUUGAUGGAAAAAAGCUAGUUCUGGUCGGCCCAAACAUUCGGUUGCCCGGUGCAGGACUCGAGGAUGUUGAGUUUGCUCACAUUGUCGACAUCUUGAACGUAGACGAUAAUGCUGAGUUCAUAAGAAGGGAGCUUGAUCCCGCUCUCAAACCCAGUCCUUCUAGCCUUGCUUACAUUCUAUUUACGUCUGGCUCUACUGGCCAGCCUAAAGGAGUCAUGGUCGAACAUCGUGGCAUAGUUCGCCUGGCACAACACGACCAGAUGGAGCACUUUAGAUCAUCCGAAGCCACGGCUCAUAUGGCAAAUCUUGCUUUUGAUGGAUCUUCCUGGGAGAUUUAUACCUGUCUUUUGAACGGAGGAACUUUGGCUUGCAUUGAUGCGACAACUGUCCUAGACCAAGAUGCCCUAUUGCGCGCGUUUAGGGAAUACAAGAUUCGGAUCGCUUUUAUCACGCCAGCUUUGCUGAAAUAUAUCCUAGCCGAAUCGCCAGACACAAUCGGCAACUUGGAUACUCUCCUUGUAGCAGGAGACAGAGCCGAUAUAAACGACCUCUUUACCGCAAGGAAUCUUGUGACAAACAAGGUUUUCAACGCAUAUGGCCCUACUGAGAACUCGGUUAUGAGUACACUAUAUUUGCUUUCGGACAAUGAGGCUUGUGUCAACGGUGUACCUAUUGGACGAUCAAUCAGUAACUCAGGAGCAUAUGUGAUGGACCCAGAACAGAAUCUUGUACCACUUGGUGUUGUUGGGGAACUCGUUGUGAUUGGAGACGGUGUUGCCAGAGGAUAUACUGAUCCAAAUCGCAACGUCGACCGUUUCGUGACUAUAACAGUCGGAAACCAGACAAUGAGGGCAUAUCGUACGGGAGACUACGUCCGCCAGCGACCUACUGAUGGAGAGAUGGAAUUCUUUGGUCGCAUUGAUGGUCAAGUCAAGAUCCGGGGCAACCGUGUUGAACUAGGAGAGAUCGAGAGCGUCCUGCGCGGUCACAACUUUGUGCGCGACGCAGUGGUAGUAGCAGAACAACAACAAGAAAAAGAUCAACGACUUUUCGGUUACGUCACUCUCAAAGAAGGAUCCGAAAUGCCUGCCGGCAAGAACAGCGAUAGCAACCAAAUACAGCAUGUCACUGCGUGGGAAGACCGCUUCAACACCGAGAUUUACGCCCCGAUCAGCCAUAUCGAGUCUGGAACAAUUGGUCAAGAUUUUAUUGGAUGGACCUCAAUGUAUGAUGGCUCCGAUAUCGACAAGACGGAAAUGAAGGAGUGGUUGGACGAAACUAUUAACGCAAUCCACACCAAAGCCGGUGGAAGAUUAGGAAACGUAGUCGAAAUUGGAUCAGGAUCCGGCAUGAUCCUCUUCAACCUCGGAAAUACCCUAGAACAUUACACCGGAUUUGAGCCCUCAAAAAGGGCAGUCGACUUCAUUAUGGGGACAGCAAGGUCUAUCCCCUCACUGGCCAACAAAGUGGAGAUGUACAAAGCGACAGCCGCUAACAUUAGUCAAGUAGAUCCGCCGCUGCAUGCUGACAUGGUAAUUCUAAACUCUGUUGUUCAGUACUUUCCUAGCCAAGAGUAUCUGUUUAACGUGGUCCGAGAAUUACUUCAAGUUACUAAUGUUAAGACAUUAUUCUUUGGCGAUAUCCGUUCUCAUGCUCUGCGCCGAGAAUUCUUUGCAGCUAGAGCUCUCUUUAUGGCUGGUAGACGGGCUAGCAAAGAGGAACUACGACGUAUGAUGGAGGAUAUGGAACAAAUUGAACGGGAGCUGUUGGUUGAUCCGGGCUUUUUUACUUCGCUAGCACAUCGCCUUCCUGAUUUGGUCCAGCAUGUGGAGAUUCAGCCCAAGAGAAUGAAAGCAACGAACGAGCUGAGCUCUUACCGCUAUACGGCAGUGGUUUACUCUCGAUCUUGGACUCCGCCGUCCGGGGCACUUCAAACUAUCCCUGACAAUGAAUGGACCGAUUUUAAAGAAGAGAACUUGGACCGUGGAUCUCUUCAGCAGCGGAUAAAGGAUGUUCCAAGCACAAGUCCUAUGGCCAUAAGCAAUAUACCCUGCAGCAAGACUGUCUUUGGAAAUCGCCUUCUAAGCUCUUUGGAAGACGAAAAAGCCAGAAAGCCAGUCCACAUGGACUGGCAUGCUCUGAUUGACCAAGAAAUAAAGCAAAUUCCCAGUCUUUCUGCUGUUGAUCUGGAUGAAAUGGCCAGAGAAGUAGGCUGUCAGGUACAGAUCAGCUGGAACAGACAAUAUUCACAACAGGGUGGCCUGGAUGCUAUCUUCUACCCUCGUCAAAUCAAUGACGAUGCUGGCAAGUCUGGACUGAUGUUUUCAUUCCCAACGGAUCACACAGAUCGGCCACAGCAAAACUUGAGCAACAAGCCAAUGCGGCAGCAACUCGUCAAAGAAGUCCAACAGCAGCUCGAUGAGCUUGUGAGACUUCAGCUACCUUCAUACAUGGUUCCACAAUCCAUUCAAGUCUUGGAUAAACUUCCAAUAAAUCAGAACGGCAAGGUGGAUCGAAAAGCCCUUGCACAAAGAACAAAACUGAGUGUCGUGGUUGGCCAAGACAUCCAACAACGAGAACUCAGCCCUGCAGAAGUCAAAGUGCAGAAGAUACUGGCGCGAGUACUUGGAAUUGACGCUAGUCGUAUUGGAUUGGAAGACAGCUUCUUCCAGCUAGGUGGAGACUCAAUUGCGGCUAUGAAGAUAGUCGCAGCAGCUCGAGAAGAGGACAUCCGACUCACAGUUGCGAACAUCUUCCAGCAUCCCAAGCUCGUCAACCUAGCCACUGUCGCUCAGUUCUCUCAAAGUGUAGCUGAAGAGAAGCCGACUCAGCCAUUCUCUUUCCUCUCGCCAACUGAAAAGGAGCAUCUCCUCCAGGCUAUACCUGCGAAUACUUCCAAGGUAGACAGAAACGACAUUGUCGACAUCCUUCCAACGACAUGGAUGCAGAAUCUGUUCAUUUCCCGGGGUGUCAACGAUCUAGCCCUAGCUUUCAACUACUUCUUCCUCGACUUGGGGACACGUGUUGACGUUGCUCGCCUCAGACGCAGUAUCCCGGCUCUUGUCAAACACUUCUCUAUCCUUCGCACAAAGUUUGUUUAUGUCGACGGAGUAUUAUGGCAAACUGUUCUUCGCGACCCUGAAGUUCCCUUUAUCAAGUUUGAGCUUGAUAUGCCUCUUGACGAAGCAGCGGACACUGUCUGCUUAGAGGACAGUCGGAACACGGAGCCCCUGGAGUUGGCUACUGCUUUCUUGUUGGUAAAAAGCUCCUCGGGCGAACACCGUUUGGUAAUCCGCAUUACACAUGCUCAGUACGACGGUGUUUGUUUCCCGUCCUUCAUAAAGACGCUUUUUGCCAUUUACUCUGGCAAACCUGUAGAGGCUACGCACAGCUUUUCAACCUAUCUAGCCUACACUCGGGGGAGAAGAUCAAUCUCAUCACAGUACUGGCGUAACCUCCUCCAAGGCUCACGGAUUACAAAAGUCACCUCGUUGCUCGGUCCUAGCAUUCGGCGUGGCAACAAUCCAAUUGAAAUCCAGACAGAAAGUAUCAUCAGCAUGCCCCACGUCCCAACUGGUUUUACUCUAGCCUCGAUCGUCAGUUCAGCCUGGGCAAGGGUGCUCUCAAAAAUCACCGGAGAAGAAGACGUCGUCUAUGGAUACAUGAUAGCCGGCCGCAACGCGAACAUUCCAAACAUUACGAAAAUCGUCGGUCCCUGCUUGAACAUCAUCCCCGUUCGAGCCCGAGUCCAUCCAACAACUUCGUCAACUGACCUAGUGCGCGCAAUCCAAGAACAAUACAUCGCACUCGGCGAAGCCGAUUCAAUGGGCUUCGACGACAUCGUGCGCACAUCCACAGACUGGCCAGCCGAUGCGCAUUACGACUCGGUGUUCCAGUACCAGAACCUGAAUGAACACCCGGUAUUUGAUUUCGAAGGCACAGAUUCUAGACUGCAUUGGUUUCAGAAUCCGGAUUCGGUACCGGCUAUCUUGACUGUGGUGGCCUACCCGCUUGAGGAUGGACUCAGGAUUGUGGUUAGGGGUAAUGAGCAUAUGAUUACGCCUGAGGGUGCGGAGUUGAUUAAUACAUCGCUCUGUGAGAUGAUUGGGAAAGUGUCUUCUUCGCUGCAUGAGGCGUGA